CUAGGGCUCCUUUUCGUUGGAACGAAGUCCUCACCAGGUCAGGUUCCGGCUCUUCCCUUCUCCGUUCGACUUCUGAUCUAGCAAUCAUCUACAAGGGGUCAUAACCUAGCAGAGCCUACUAUCUCUGAGAAGAAUAUAUUCAACAUGGCUGCAUCAGAAGAUAGCAAUACACUUUUCCCAAUCUUUAUUUUCUCAAUAUUGGCUCUGCCUUUAGUACCUUACACAAUCUUCCAGUUAUAUCAUUUAGCUACUAAGAAGGCCACAAUCACCAAGUGCCAGUGUUCAGUAUGCAUGCAGUCUGGGAAGUACCGCAAGUCCAUAUUUAGGCGUAUAUCAAACUUUUCAACGUAUAGUAACUUGACUCUUCUUAUGCUUUGGGUGAUCAUGGUGCUGUUGGCAUAUCACAUAAAAAGUAGCAGCCAUGAGGUAGAAGUGUUUGAGCCAUUCAGUAUUCUCGGAUUAGAACAUGGAGCUACAGAUUCAGAAAUCAAGAAGGCAUAUAGGAGACUUUCCAUCCAGUACCAUCCUGAUAAAAAUCCAGAUCCAGAGGCCCACAAUUAUUUUGUGGAAUAUAUAUCAAAGGCGUAUCAGGCUCUAACAGAUCCAACAUCACGUGAGAACUUUGAAAAAUAUGGCCAUCCUGAUGGCAGGCAGGGGCUUCAAAUGGGUAUUGCCCUCCCUCAGUUUCUAUUGAACAUUGAUGGGACGUCGGGUGCAGUAAAUUUACUCGGGAUUGUUGGAAUUUGCAUUAUUUUGCCCCUGGUGAUGGCUGUUAUGUACUUAUCAAGAUCAGCUAAAUAUACUGGAAACUAUGUGUUGAAGCAUACAUUAUCUGCAUAUUUCUAUCUUAUGAAGCCCUCUUUGGCUCCAAGUAAGGUCAUGGAUGUUUUCAUAAAAGCAGCUGAAUACAUGGAAAUUCCCGUUCGUCGGAGUGAUGGAGAACCCCUUCAGAGACUGUUUGUUUUGGUUAGAAGUGAGCUGAAUCUGGACCUUAAGAACAUUAAGCAAGAACAAACUAAGUUUUGGAAGCAGCAUCCGGCCCUAGUGAAGACUGAAUUGUUAGUUCAAGCCCAACUAACUCGUGAGUCAGCGUGCCUAUCUCCAUCCUUGCAGCGUGAUUUCAGACGUAUACUUGAGGUUGCUCCUCGCCUUCUUGAAGAGUUAAUGAAGAUGGCAGUGCUUCAGCGUCCCCCGCAUGGGCAUGGGUGGCUGAGACCUGCAAUCGGGGUGGUUGAGCUCUCACAGAGUAUAAUACAGGCAGUUCCACUCAGUGCACGAAAAGCAGCUGGAGGUUCCACUGAAGGAAUUGCCCCUUUUCUGCAACUGCCACAUUUCAGUGAGGCUGUUCUUAAGAAGCUUGCCAGGAAGAAAGUUCGUACUUUUGAAGAUUUUCGGGACUUGAACCAACAAGAGCGUGCGGACUUACUGACAAAAGUUGCCGGAUUCUCUCCAUCCGAGUCCCAAGACGUAGAAAUGGUUCUCGAGAUGAUGCCUUCUAUCACCUUCGACAUCAAAUGCGAGACCGAAGGUGAAGAAGCAAUACAAGAAGGCGACAUAGUCACAAUGCGUGGUUGGGUCACACUUAACCGUAAGAAUCAUAGGGUUCGAGCCCUCCCACAUUGCCCUCAAUACCCUUUCCACAAAGAGGAAAACUUUUGGUUACUACUUGCGGACCCCAACUCCAACAACGUAUGGAUAUCACAAAAAGUCAGCUUCAUGGAUGAAUCCGCCGCCCUGAUUGCCGCCCCAAAGGUGAUUCGUGAAUCAAAGGAAUGGGCGGGGGCCAGCCCAAAGGAACUGACUUCUGCCGUUAAAGAAGCCGUCGAGAAAGUGAGAAAUGGAUCAAGGUUGGUUAUAGGCCGGUUUUUGGCUCCUGAAGAGGGGACUUAUAAUCUAACUUUGUACUGCUUGAGUGACUCGUGGCUCAGGUGCGAUACAAAGAUGAGUUUGAAGUUAAAGGUUUUGAAAAGGACGAGAGCUGGGACGAGGGGUGGGGUUCAGAUGGAGGAGGGUGCGGGUGUCGAGGAUGGGGUUGAAGACGAAGAAGUGGAGGAAGAUGAAUACGAUGAUGAUGAGAGCGAAUACAGCGAUGACGAAGAUGAUGUGGUGGCAGAGGGGUCCGCGGAUGAAUCGGACAACAAAGAGGAUUAGAGGUUCGGUUUCCUUCUAUAUAGAUACUUCUAUUUCUUACUAAUUUGAUUUCAACUAUUUUGGUUAUAAGUUAGAAUUUGUGGUUCUACUCCCCUCUCCUCUAUGAUAUGGCUGAAAUUUCAAAUUUGAUGGAUAGUUGUUGAAAACAUCUGGUAAUAAAAUGUGACCAAACUAGACUCCA